UAAAUAAAUGCGUUGUUCAUCCUUGUCGUGAUACCUACAAUUCGUCCAGGAAUAAAGAAAAUGGAGUAACAUUAUUCAGUGUACCAAAAAAUUUUGUAGAGAAGUGGAAAGAAGUGAUCCCCUAUUUAAACAAAUCGUCCUAUGUUUGUUCACGUCAUUUCGAUGCAGAGGAAAUUGAAAAGGGAAAAGAAAUUUGGAAUGUUUUUCAUCCUUUUGUAAGGUGGAAACUGAAAACGGGUUCUUAUCCCAAGUAUAUGUUGCUGCCCAGUGAUUAUCUCCAAGAACUAGUUAGGAAACGAACAACAAGGGAAAGUGAUCAAGCUACUACUUUGGUGCCACAGAAAAGGAGAGCGUUGAUGGAUUUAUCAAUUUGUGGCAAGCAAGAAAAUGUAAUGAUGCCUAAGGUAGCUGUAAUUUCUAAAAGUAGCCCACCUCUUGCUCAGCCACCUGAUCUGGUACUUGCAAAGCCACCUGAGGAAGCUGUGCUAGUUUCACUACCUAAAACUUUUUCACAUCAGGUCCAGGCAAUUAAACAUGAAGAAAUCUCUUCUGAUCCUGAGUUAGUUUUAGCAACGGCAGACAUUAUUGAGAAUCCUGUGCCAAUGCAUGGAUAUUUGCUGGCUGAGGAACCUAUGUCAAUUGUUUUUCCUACAACAAUAUCUGUCCUAAGCCAGGUUGAAGAACAAAGUGAGUUUCCUGGUGAAACCAAUCCCCUUGAUCUCGUUCGACAAAAUCGAUUUAUGUGUUUGGUUCCAGAAGUAGUCGAUAAGACGCCAACAACUAUAAAGCAUACUGAGCAUAUACAAAAACACGUAGAUGGUGUGGAAGCUGUGGAGCCCCUUUCAUCGACCACCGAAACAAGACCCACAACAGUAAUUUCUGUGUGUGACGAACGCUCGCUGCUCUACUGGUCUUCAUUCGUUAGACUACCUUCCAUUUUUUGGGGGUGGUCUUUCAACCAAGGACUUGAAACUGUUUUUUGCACUGGCUACGGUAAAUCUGAAAAAUUAGCCACAGUCAUCGUGAAAACCAUUGCUGUCCGUUUAUCGGGAGAGCUGUUCUACCUAUUCAAUGGGAUUAGUAUAUCACAUUGCGAAUUACCGCCGAAAUUUUCAACUUUUGAAAGGCUUUCCACCAUUAUACAGUUCUUCGACAAACUGAAGCCAUGCGAGGGUAUCACUAUCCCAUCAGCAAAGCUAACAAAAUAUUCAGAUGACUUCGUUGGUGUGAAAGACAAAAACGGAAAUUGGCGUUCUAAAAGUUGUGCAUAUGUCUUUGACACAAUAUAUGUCGCUACAUCAUGCACGCGUUGCCGGGCACUGAAGAGAUAUUUUCUGCAGAAGAUAGGAACGUUGCAAUUAAAAAAAAAAAAGAAACAAUGAACGAGAAAUGUCGAAAAUUGCGAAGCAAGCUGAACACAAUGGAAAAGAAACUUGAGAAAAGCAACCUAAAUGUGAAAAAUUUACGCAGUGACUGCAAGAAACUUUUGAAGGAAAAGAAAAGUGCUUUUCAGAACCAGAUGGGACAUCUUUCAGAAAUGGUGAAUGGUGGUAGUUUUAUUAUUUUCAAGUAGCUAGUAGCUCAUUAAAUGUUUCUUAUAUGACAUUUGGUGAUUUAUUUUACUACAUCUUAAUCAUUUCUUUUUUCAAUGACUAUUUUCUCCAAAUUUGAUUUGAAAGUUAUUAUUCGCGACGGACAAUUUUUUUUACAUUCUGUUUACAAACAAUUUAAUUGCGCAUUAUUUAGUCUCCUGUAAUUUUCAUUUCAUAUCGCAAUUUGUGUUUUGUUUGCUGACCAUAAUGUAACAAUUAUUAUGUUGUAUGUUUCCUUAUGUGUUAACAAAAAAUGUAAACGUUAGCAUUCAAAAUCGAGAUUUGUUUGAGAUUAGUUUCAUUAGAACUUUUGUAUUAGAUUUUAUUACACAUAUUUUUUUUUCAUUUAGUUUUAUCAUUCAUAGGAACAAAUGGUGGUCCGCACGUUUCUUGUUAAGGGUUCAAUAGAUCCAGCUAAAGAUAAGAAAGGGAACACUAUGAGGUAUGAAAAUGUUUAUCUCAUCAACUGUGUGCUGUUCAAGAUGAAAAGCAGCCGAGCCUACAAAUUCCUACGAGAAAUGCAGCUCCUACCGCUGCCAGGAUUGUCUACCAUACGAAGAUUAAUGAGCUCAUCACAAUGUGUUUUGGGCUUCAACAAACUAGCCUUGGAAAACAUUUGUGAAGCAAUGUCAGGAAAAUCUGCACAUGAACGUUGGGGUGGAGUAAUGUUAGACGAGAUGGCAAAUGCCAAAGGAAUCGAUUUCGACACAUGUACUCUUCCUUGGAAGGGAACUGUAGAUUAUGGUGGAGAAAUCUCCGACUUGGUUCCCAAUGGCCUUGCUGACCAUAUCCUGGUAUUUGUUUUCCGACCCUACUUAGCUGGUUGGAUACAACCUUUCGCUUGGUUCGGUACCAAAGGUGGUGCCUCUGGUACUAUCUUGGUAGAACUAAUCAUCAAAGCUUUUGCAUGCCUACACAAUCAUGGCGCAAUUGCUAAACAUGUCGUUUUUGAUGGAAAUCAAACGAACAAAUCGUUAAUGAAGCAAUUUGGAAUAUCGGGAGAAGAAGAGGGAGCAAGUUGCCUUGAUCAUCCACUUCAACCUGAUUCCAAAAUUCAUUUUAUGGUGGACGUUCCACAUUUAUUGAAAGUUGUAAGAAACAAUAUGGAAUCACAUCGUUGUGUACAGUUCCAGGGACAUUUGGUCAAUUAUAAACAUUACGAGGAAUUGUUUGAUUUCGCAAAGACGAAGCAAAUCACCCUUGGAUAUCACCUAUCCUACGCUCACAUCCACCCGAACAACUUUCAAAAAAUGAAUGUUCGUUUAUGCGCACAACUAUUUUCAAACAAAACUGCGAUGGCGUUCAACAUCUUAAGGAAUCAACAAGAAGACACAGAAGUUGGAAAACUUAUAAAAUCAAAUUUUCAAGGGACAGAAAACAUAGAACGCCUCACAAAAAUGAUGAAUGACGUGUUUGACAUACUAAAUCUGCGCUUCUGUAAAGAGGGAAUUGUCCAUGCGACUUGGGAAAAUUAA